GCGCUGAUGGACAGGUGACCUGCAGAGACCACAACGGUGGAGCAGUGGACUGGUUCAUCAUGUACAAGGUUCCCAAACUGAAUAACCAGGGAACUGAGGGUCUGGAAUAUCUUUACAUUGAUUCAAAUGGGAACAUAGAGACCUCUAAAGAUCACAGUAAGCUCAUCAACGAUCCUGACGGUGUCCUGGGAAACACCCUGAAGCCCCUUUUAAAACUACCCACAUCAAUGCCCAAAGACUUUGGAUUCAUCACCUACAAUGAUCAACCUCCUCCAGAUGACAAGGGUGUAACGCCUUCUGUUAACUCUAAGUUCGGCCACAGUAAAGGACUUGUGAUGAUGGAUAAAACCACAGGAGUCUGGCUCCUACACAGCGUACCGAAGUUCCCUUUCAAAAGAGAUAAUAACUUCUACCCAACCAGCGGAGCAGCGAAGGCUCAGACCUUCAUCUGUGUAACGUUCAAGUACGCCGAGUUCCAAAAGAUAGGUCAACACCUGCUGGACAUUGCAGCGUUCCCAUUUGAAAGUCAUUUUCCAGCUGACUUCCAUGAUCAGCUUAAAAAGGCUGCAAUAAUAAAAUGGAACAACAGAGAACCAGGAGAGAAAAUCCAGGAUCUGGAAUCAGAUGCAGGAACACAGUUUAAGAGCAUUGCUAAGAAACUGUAUAAAGGUAAGAUGUCUGCAUGUUGGCUUGAAUCAGAGGACCUAACUUAGUAA